AUGCACACCAUGGGCCGUUCAAUUGUGUUCCUCUGCAUACUCGCCGUCCUCACCAUCCUCCCCGGCGCCCACUUCCCAUAUGCGCAGGAAUGGAACGAGGCACAACCACAAGCCUGCGGCAAGCUGCUGGCACGCAAAGAAUGGCGGACACUGACGCAUAGAGAGAAGACCCAGUGGGUGGGAGCUGUUAAGUGGUGCCUGGCAAGCAUACGACACGAACGGCUAUCCUUGACAAAGAACCAGACGGUGCUCGAGGGGAAGAGGAGCCUGUACGACGACUUCUCCUACGCGCACGCAUCAGUGGAGCACAGCGCCCAUAGGAAUGCCUACUUUUUGCCCUGGCACCGCUGGUUUACCUACCUAUUCGACACCUCCCUCCGUCGCACUUGCGGGUACAGCGGGCCAACGCCGUACUGGGACUGGUCGCGCGAUCAUGCAGACCUGUUCGGCUCGCCAGUGUUUGAGGACUCGCCGGAGUAUGGGCUGGGGGGGACGGGGGACUGUGAUUCCUCCCCUGGGGCAGACUGCACCGUCACCACCGGCGCCUUUGCCCCGUCCACGGGCAGCUUCGGGCUUGCCUGGCCCAUCCCACACCCGCUGCGGAGGAACCUGACGCUCAUCACUGGCUGGUACCCCCAUGAGCUGCCUCAAAACCGCACCCUUGGCCCGGACUUUGUGCGCAACACGAUCGAGCAAACCACAGGCGACUUCUUCAGGUUCCAGCACGCAAUGGCGCUGUUGCACAACCACGUACACAACUUCAUAGGGGGCGACUUGGCGGGAGACUGCCCGAGGGCUCUGCCGGAGGAGGAUUGCCAGGGCAUGGCAACCAGCUUCACGCCUAAUGACCCGCUCUUUUGGCUGCAUCAUGCCCAACUUGACCGUUUGUGGAGUGAGUGGCAGCACCAUCACCCUUCCAACUUCGCCGCCUUUUCCGGCAUGCCCCUCACCCCGCACAACAUGACCAAUGCACACUACGACCUUGAGGCGCACGAAGAUCAUCAGAUGCCCUUCGAUGUUCAGAGUGUACCCGUGACGCCGAGAAUGGUGUUGGAUACAGAGGGUUGGCCGUUGUGUUAUCAGUAUACGGAUGAGGAGUGACAAUCACAUUAGGGUUGCCUUUACUCGAGUUUACCCCCUUGCCUGGCUUCUCAUCUAAUUUAUGUGUAUAGAAAUAAUGAUUAUAUACAGUAC